GAUUUCUGUAUAUAUGAACACACUGUCUCUCGCACUGGCUCCGUGUUCUCUGGACGUUAAAUAAGAAUCGAAGCGAACACCAGCGAUGGCAAGUCAAAAGAUACAAGAUAGGGACCACAGCAAUUCUUGCAACAUUUUAGCGUUCCUAUAAUGCUACCCGUUUUGGCCUGACUGCGGGGCCCCUUUUUUUAAUUUCUAGAGAUACCCACGGUUUUGAGAAUGAUUGAAAAAUACGUCAAUGCAUCCGACUUUUUUUUAAGUUUUAAAGCAAGCGUAUUUACAGCCAUCAGAAACGGAUUAAUUAAUCGAAAUCAGCAAAGUAAUGAAGACAAGUUUAGAGGUAAAUAUAACAAAUACGUGACCGUGUCAGCACCUUGAUAGGCAACAACAACAGCAACAAUAACACUGGCAUGUGAUCAAUAAUGGGCCUAUCUCGGCUGGCGGUAGUAGCUGUUUGGUUAACGCUACAUAUCACAUUUCUGCCACGAAACAUGGAGGGCAAAGAAAAUGACAGAUUAGAUUUUAACACUUACUUUCCGAAAGUUUUACUCUUUGGUGACUCGCUAACUCAGAGAGGAUUUCAUGAUGGUGGCUGGGCAAUAAAGCUUAUGGAGUAUUUCGAAAGGAAGUGUGAUUUUUUGAAUCGUGGCUUUAGUGGGUAUACAUCACGUAUGUGCCGAGUCAUUUUACCGAAUCUCCUGCACAGAGAUGGUCACAAAAAUGAAUCUUUGUAUGCUGCCACUAUCUUAAUUGGAACUAAUGAUGCUGUUCUGGAGGAUAAAGAUGACAGAGCUGUUCCACUAGACGAAUAUAAAGACAAUGUUAAGUACAUUAUUUCCAAAAUUGAAAGCUAUGGUGUACCUAGGGAAAGAAUAAUUCUGGUAACUCCUCCACCCAUGGACAUUGCCGCAUGGACAGGAUACGCAAGAGAGAAAGACUUUGCAGUCGCUUUUUCGGAAGAAAAACUAGCACCAUAUGUGAAUGCAUGUUUAACAAUCGCUGAUGAAAUGAAUAUGCGAAGAGUGAACCUUUGGGAAGAUAUGUUGAAAAAGGAAGAUUGGCGUGAGUUCUUCAAUGAUGGUUUGCAUUUCAACAACAAAGGUCACAUGUUUGUGUUCCAAGAAUUAAAAGAACAUUUUGAUGUUGUUCUGUCGCCUUUGAAAAUCGUAUAUCCGGAAUGGAAAGACGUUGAUCAUAUAAAUCCUAAAAAAGACCUUCUAGUGUAAAUUUAGUUGCGGUAGCUGUGACGACAAAGCACCUACUCUUUUUUAAUUGGUAAGAGCAUUGGUAAAAGCAUACCUCUGAGAAUGCUACCAUCGACAUAGGCAUUCUUUGUAACAUUCGUGAGCAUUUCUGUGUCUUUUUAUGUAACGGUAGACAGUAACAACACAAUAAUACAAUCACAAUACAUGGUAUGUUCACACGAACUCUCUGGCAGUUGAGUUUUGCUUUGGUUUGACAAAUUUUUUCUCAAGAGGGCCGAAAUUUGGACAAAGGACUGUUGGUAUCGAAAAGAUAAACACAUUCUGAAAAAGGGUACUGCGAUGUCUAUUGAUUUGAUCCAAUGACAAUUUAAUGUUGUAUUUGGGACCGCUUGUAAAAUGUUUAUCAAAAAAAAUUUUCAGGAUAUUUUCUUCUUUAGCUUUGUUAUAAAACCAUUAAACUGGUGAUUUUUAGGUUUCUGGGAUUUUUCUUUUCCUUUCUGAGAUACAAAGACUUCUAAGAUCCUAAAAAUUCUCAGUAGAGCCCUAGACCAAAUCUCACCUAGACAGACAAUCUCACCUAACAUAGACAAAGAGAACAAAUUGUAUGAAAUGUUUGGAAAAGUGUAGCUAUAAACACAAAUGAAUUUUUUCAGGGUUUUACCUAGCCAGUGAUAAUCUGUGUUGGUAAGAAAGAUUCUCUUACUUAUUACAUUCAUUUGAGCUUUCCUGAAAAAGUCUUCAAACAUAUUUCUAUUACACUGAAUUUAAAGUUGUCUUGCAAGUAUUUACUUCAUUGUGGUCGCAACUGAAAUUUUGAUUCCGUGAUUCGUG